AUGAAGCCACCCGUGGUCCCUCCAGCAGCCUUCGGGUCAUUGCGGCAGCACCGAAGAGCCCUGGAUCGCGCCAGCGGCUGCAGCUUGCUGGGGCGGGGGGCUCGCAGGCCGGCGCUGGCGACGGGCUUCGCCCCGACCCUUGGCCCCGGGUCCUGCGCGGCGGGGGAGCCCCGCAGCCCCCAGCCCGCCAGGGGCGCCCUCCCCCGGCCCGCCCUCUCUAUGAGGUGCGGGGUGGAGAGCGGCCUUGACGAGGGCCAGGAGAGCUGCUCCCGGCUGGCCGUGCCGCCCUUCGCCAAGGAGCUGCACGUGGAGAUGGUCUGCUCGCCAACGUACAGCGCCGCGGGCCGCUACGACCGCAUCCUCUACAAGCACUUCGAAACGCCUCGGCUUGUCCAGGAGGGAGACAUCAUAUGUAUUCCAACAUAUGGAUGUGCUGAUUUUUUAGAAGAAAAUUCAGACAAAUUUCUUAGAUGGCCCGAGCUUUACUUCAAAGUGAGGAAGAUUUUAGGCAUGGUAGAAGGCGAGCAGUCUGAGGGUUACCUGGUGGACACCCAGAACACAUCUCUGUACCUGGUGGGAUCAACCAACAGUGCUGUCCCAUCUUCCCCAGCCUAUGGCAGCCAUGAGCUGUGGAGCAGUUUGUCUCCUGCUGGACUCUCUGAUGUUGUGAAGCAGCUCUGCAGUGCACUUCGGCCUCACCUGAACAGCUCGGGAACUGCGCUGAGCGGGGCAGGCAGCAUCCUCCUCUCGGGACCAAGCGGCAGCGGGAAGCUAACAGCUGUCAAAGUUGCGUGUAGCUGCCUUAACCUUCACCUCUUCAAGGUCGAUUGUGUUAGUUUGUGUGGUGACAGCAGUGGAGCCACGGAGGAGAAAGUGCAGGUGGCCUUCACUCGGGCCCAGCAGUAUCACCCGUGUGUGCUUCUGCUGAAGGACAUAGAGGUGCUUGGUAGAGACCGAGAUGGGCUGGGAGAGGACUCCAGGGUCAUUGCUACCCUGAGGCAGCUGCUCCUGGACACAGAUCCUGCAGUGAGCCGCCCCAUCUUGGUGAUUGGCACAACGUGCAAGCCCCGGGCUGUUCCCACAGACGUGCAGACUGCUUUCCUUCACGAGGUGAAAAUCGAAGCCCCUUCUGAAGAGCACAGGAGGUUGAUGCUGGGUGCGCUGACCGCCAGCCUUCCUCUGGGCAAGGAAGUGAGCCUCUCCAAGCUGGCCCGCAGGACCGCGGGGUUUGUGCUGGGAGACUUGUGUGCCUUGCUGUCCCACAGCAGCCGUGCUGCUUGUGCCCGCAUCCAAGCUCUGAGUUUUCCAGGUGGACUGAGCGAGGAAGUGGAGAGAGAUUUUUGCACUGCUGGCUUCCCUGUGCUGGAGGAGGAUUUCAGUGUAGCGCUGGACCAGCUACAUGAUGCCCAUUCGCAGGCAGCGGGAGCCCCAAAGGUAGGUUCCUGGAGCAGAGGUGAGGAUUUGAGUCUCUAGA